ACAAGAUAAGUAGUACGCUAUUUCAUAUUGAUGAUGCCUAGUUUUAUACCCUUUACAGAGAUACAAUAUCAGUUAAUCAGGGAAAGAAUUGCUGCUUCAGAAUCAUCUUUUCAAGACAAACGAUUUAACACUGUCAUCACAAAAAGGGUUUGGAUUAUGACAAUGGUAUGAGUGAUAGAAUGGAAUGACAUCAUAAAUAAGGAGUACCCAAGAAGAGACACAGCUGUGUUGUCUUCUUCAGAUCACCUCCAUAUAUCCCUGUUUUGUGCCAACAAGACAUGCAGGAGGCAGAGAUGGCAAGGAGGCAACAGGAGAAGGAAACAAAGGAGAGACAGAAAGAGAUAGAGAAUUUCAGGGUACAAGAGGAUAAGACAAAGGCAGAAAAAUAUGAAAGAAAAACAGGACAGAAGACAUGGGGGAACACAGAUAUGGAGAGUGUGCAACAGGACAAAGAGAGGGUCCAGAGAAAGUUGGAGCCUGCUGUCCCUGUGCUAAAAGCAAGGGUCAUUGAGUGCAAGCCCAGGCCGAAACCAGACCUGAUACCUGAGUAUGGACUCGAGCCCAAGGCUGACCCAGCACCCAGGCCCUGGGCUGGGAAGGCAGACAUGGAGCUGCUGGACAUUGAGGAUGAGGAGUGUGAGGAUGAAGAGUUGGCUCUCAUGGGCAACAAAAAGAUUAUGCGUUCCUCAGAUCUGGAAGAAGCCCAGUAUGAGCUUCAAAAGGAGGCUAAGGAGGCCAGGCGUAGAGGCCAGGCCGAAGCCAUCAAGAAAUGUUACAGACACAACGGCUCUAGUAAUAUUAGUAAAGUAGACAGCGCACCACCUAUGAAUGUUGCCAAUAGUAAGACGAAUGGAGAUAUGGAGGGAGGAACCUGUUCCUCAAACAGUAAUCAGGCAGACGAGAGAACUACCAAAGUGGACAGUGUGACUGGGAAAGUGAUUGGCUGGGUGAACAGAAAAGUCAAAGAGAGAAAUGAGAGAAAGAUUGCAAGAACAUACUGGAGGGAGGAGACUCAAAGUGAUCAGUUGUACAUAAACGGUGUAGUGGUUUGCAGCCGUGCCCAGCGGGAGAGAGAAAAGAGGGCAAAACUCCUCAAAGGUGAGCAAACCAGACGGAGGCUGGAAAGACGCUGGCAAGAGUGGGAGAAGAGGUACAGGAGAAAGAACACGCUGAAGAGGGUACAGAGAAAUGGGCUCUGGUACAGGGAGUUGGAGGACAAGAACAGCAGCCAGGGUAGUCAUGAGGAAAACUCACUGCCUGAUGGAGCAGAGGAGGCUGACGGUGAUGAAGAGGUGGAAUACCUUUUAAUGUAUGGGCCCUGCGACUGUGAACUCUGCAGGGAAGGAUACACAUGUCUCUGGUACAGUUAUGACAAGGAGGAGACAGACCCCAAGGAGGCUAGGAGCAAGAGGAGGAGGAUAAUCAAUUGGAUCAAUACAAGAGUCAAAGAAGAUUAUCGCAAGAGAAUCAACACAACCUUUAACAUCCAGAGUUUAGUAUGCAAUGAUUAUGCCAUUUACGGAAACGCCAUCCUUCGCCAAUGGGACCUACAGAAGAUCAUACGGCGGGAACUCGUAAAAAAGGAGGAAAGAAGACAAAGGCUGGAGAAGCGCUGGAAGGAGUGGGAGAAAGCGAGGGCUCAGAAGAUAAAAACAAUUCUUCAGGAGAAGAAGGCAAAGGAACAGGUCAGGCUCAAUAGGCUGAUAGACCUGAAUCUAGAGGCAGACCAGAAGAUCAAGGAGUUCAUUGCUGCCAAUCCAGGAAUCCAGUCCCAGUACCCUGGAGGUCAUACCAGGAUGGAGAUGAUGGGACGUUGGGACAUGGGCUACCAGAGGGAGGAGACUCAGGGCCAGGAGGGCAGAGUAGGGCCUGCUACUGUACAAAAGUCCACUGCACCUCUGCGGACCAAGAAAAUAACCAAAUGGCAGAAGUUGCAAAAAUGGUUUUACACGAUCCAACUGUGAAAAGUCCAGCCCCAGAAUGAUCAUAUGAAAGUUAUUUCCUAAUAAAUAUUUUGGAAGUAAAAUGAAAAUUCAAACGGAAUCAAUUAUAUACGGAUCCUAUCAGAUACUAUUCCCUCAUAAUAUGGUACAUUGUUAUUUCAAAACCAGACACUUACAAACAAAGACGUAGUUCAUUUUGUUGCAUAUAUUUCAAAAUGUAAUUUAAUGAAACAAAAUGAAAAGAAUGUUAAUAGAUUUUUUUUUGAAUGAAUACUGGUAACCAAAGCAGGCAAUCUGAGAAGUGUCCAAAAUGGCCAUCCCAAGGCAUAUCGGUGAACAAUAUUUUCAGAAUUAUGAGAAAAAAGGUCCAAAAUACUAAAUACAAAGUUGCUAAUUUUAAAAGAAUUGCAAAAUGAUUCCGUCAAGGGCAAUAGAGUAUUCUUCCUAACAAAUU